GUCACUGUUUUCUUUAUCAUUUCGGAGGCAAACUUAACGUAGUAUGGCCGUCGUCUGGAAGUAUUCACAGUUUUACUUCCACAAAGAAUACGCGAUAAACAUUGCGCAGAGCGAAUUAAGAAAGACUUUUUUAAAUAAAUUCUUUACGCGAGUGAGAUAAACAUUGUUGGACAAGUGUUAUAACGCGGAAUUAAAUAACGUUAAACCACUCGACCUCCUUUUUAAAGUCUAUUUUCACUGAAUUCUUUCAAAAUUUUUGACAAAAUGUGGUUAGUUAGCCAGCCCAAUUCUGUGAUUUUGGAAGUCAAAGUUGAACCCAAUGCUAUUGGACAGGACUGCCUUGAAAAGGUAUGCGAGAAACUGGAGAUCGGUGCCGAAGCGGACUACUUCGGCCUCCGCGUAUCGCCAGGAUCUGGUCCCGGCAGGUGGCUGAACUUGCGCAACCCCCUCGACCCGCACCGCAUCCCCGGCGGUCGCCUCAACCUGCGCGUCAAGUUCUGGGUGCCCCCGCAUCUCCUUAUCAACGAGCCCACCCGCCAUCAAUUCUACCUCCACGCUAAACUCGACCUCACUGAGGGCAGACUAGUCGUAGCUGACCUAGAAGUGGCGCGAAGGAUCAUUGCUUACAUAGCACAAGCAGAAACAGGAGACUGCGACCCAGACCUCCCUCCUACACACAUAUACGAGGAAUGCGACAAAAUUGGACCACAAGGGGAACGACCAGAGGAUCAUGUUGACAAGAUCAUUGAAUACCACUGCGAAAUAAUCGGCAUGGGUGCGUCGCAAGCGGAGUACAGACUAUUAAAAGAGAUAUCGAAAUUGGAGUCGUUUGGGGAGGAGCUGUUCUUCUGCAAGCCUGUGACGCUGAACAACAACGCUCACAACUUGUACAGCCACCUGCUGUACCACAGGCAGCAGGCUGAGGAGCCUAGGGCUCGUGAUGAGCAGGAAAUCGACGGGGGGGCGACAGUGGGGUGCCUGACGUCGGGACAGAGCGGCGGCGGCUGCGGCUGCAGGCUCAGCACGUGCGUGGGAGUGGGGCCACAUGGCAUCGUGGUGUACCGCCCGGCCUGCAAUGGAGAGCAGGAAAUCGGAGUUGAAAAGCAAAGCAUAGCCUACACAGCGAUCCACCGCGCGCAGCCGUUCCGUCGCAACUUCCACAUGUGGUACGUGACGGACGAGGGUCACGAAGCCACACUCCACGUCAAGAUGGCCACAUCUGGGCAGGCAGCGGCCCUGUACCGCGCAGUCACGGAGAAACAUGCUUUCUACUGCUGCGAGACUGUCAGGACUGAUGUUACUGAGCAGUUUAUCAGGGAUUUGAAGGGCACCAUAGCAUCAAUCUUCAACGACUCGACGACGCUAGGCCGCCGCUACGUGUUCGACAUCCGGCGCACGUGCCGCGAGGUGCACGACCGCGCGCGCCGCGCCGCGCACGCGCUCGCCGCCGCGCCGCACGACUCCCGCGCCCGCAGGCGGGAGCAUGAUGCCGGAGAACACAGGCCCCGGUCCCGGUCUAGUAGCGGCGGCUGCGCGGAGGCGCUGGCGUGCCGCGUGUGCAUGGACGCGCCCAUCGACUCGCUGUUCCUGCCCUGCCGACACGUCGUCUGCUGCGGCGUCUGCGCUCCCAGAUGCAACCGCUGUCCACUAUGUCGCGCAGAGAUAGAGAAGCUGAUGCACAUAUUCCUGCCGUGCGACUACCCGAAGAGUCCCGGCCUCGUCAAGUGAACGCUCGACUGACCUCACUCGGAUCCAAAUCACGAAGAGUUAGCGCGGCGACUCCCGCGUCACUGCGACUGCGGACGUGCCUUGUGUGUGUGUGUGCCUGUCUAGUCACUCGACUCAGCUGACAAAUGCAUUUCAGGAAUGACCCCAUUCCAGCGAUAACCAGUACUUAGACGUUAGAUUGUACGUACGAUAUCGUUAACAUUGGAUACAAGUUGAUAUUACCUGAUUUAUUACAAAUACCCAUCAAAAUCAUUAUCACCUUCGUUUUAGAAGGUCUAGUUUAAUAUUUUGUGAUAAUUAAUGUGUAUGUUUUAAAGAAAACUGUUCAGAGAAAGUGCAUUUUAAUUAAACUUAAAUUUAAACUUGCCUGUCAUCGUUUGGUAACAAAUGUUCGUGUAACAUUGAUUUAAGUUCGAUUUUAAGUUGUAUUGUAAGACCUGUGGUCUGUAAGCCUGUUAAUCUAAAGGGAGAAAAUAAUUAAGGACAAAUAUACUAAUAUACUGCCAAA